UUCCUCCCAAGCUGGAGAAAGGAGACCCUUGCCUGUAGACAGAGCUCCAGGCUUCAAGGAAAAGACCCUGAUUCUACUUGAUGUGAGCACCAAGAACCCAGUCAGGACAGUCAAUGAGAACUUCCUCUCUCUGCAGCUGGACCCGUCCAUCAUUCAUGAUGGCUGGCUCGAUUUCUUAAGCUCCAAGCGCCUGGUGACCCUGGCCCGGGGACUUUCGCCUGCCUUUCUGCGUUUCGGGGGCAAAAGGACCGACUUCCUGCAGUUUCAGAACCUGAAGAACCUGGCGAAAAGCCGCGGGGGUCCGGGUCCGGAUUACUAUCUCAAAAACUAUGAGGAUGACAUUGUUCGAAGUGAUGUUGCCUUAGAUAAACAGAAAGGCUGCAAGAUUGCCCAGCACCCUGAUGUUAUGCUGGAGCUCCAAAGAGAGAAGGCAACUCAGAUGCAUCUGGUUCUUCUAAAGGAGCAAUUCUCCAACACUUACAGUAAUCUCGUAUUAACAGCCAGGUCUCUAGACAAACUUUAUAACUUUGCUGAUUGCUCUGGACUCCACCUGAUAUUUGCUCUAAAUGCACUGCGUCGUAAUCCCAAUAACUCCUGGAACAGUUCUAGUGCCCUGAGUCUGUUGAAGUACAGCGCCAGCAAAAAGUACAACAUUUCUUGGGAACUGGGAAAUGAGCCAAAUAACUAUCGGACCAUGCAUGGCCGGGCAGUAAAUGGCAGCCAGUUGGGAAAGGAUUACAUCCAGCUGAAGAGCCUGCUGCAGCCCAUCCGAAUUUACUCCAGAGCCAGCUUGUAUGGCCCCAAUAUUGGGCGGCCCAGGAAGAAUGUCAUCGCCCUCCUGGAUGGAUUCAUGAAGGUGGCAGGAAGCACGGUGGAUGCAGUUACCUGGCAACAUUGCUACAUUGAUGGCCGGGUAGUCAAGGCGAUGGACUUCCUGAAAACUCGCCUGUUAGACACUCUCUCUGACCAGAUUAGGAAAAUCCAGAAAGUGGUUAACACAUAUACCCCAGGAAAGAAGAUUUGGCUCGAAGGCGUGGUGACCACCUCAGCUGGAGGUACAAACAACCUGUCAGACUCCUACGCUGCAGGAUUCUUAUGGCUGAACACUUUGGGAAUGCUGGCCAAUCAGGGCAUUGAUGUUGUGAUACGGCACUCAUUUUUUGACCAUGGAUACAAUCACCUCGUGGAUCAGAAUUUUAACCCGUUACCAGAUUACUGGCUCUCCUUCCUCUACAAGCGCCUGAUCGGUCCCAAAGUCUUGGCUGUGCACGUGGCCGGGCUCCAGCGGAAGCCACGGCCAGGCCGAGUGAUCCGGGACAAGCUGAGGAUCUAUGCUCACUGCACAAGCCACCACAACCACAACUAUGUCCGUGGGUCCAUUACGCUCUUCAUUAUCAACCUGCAUCGAUCAAGAAAGAAAAUCAAACUGGCCGGGACUCUCAGAGACAAGCUGGUUCACCAGUAUCUGCUGCAGCCCUAUGGGCAGGAGGGCCUCAAGUCCAAGUCAGUGCAGCUGAACGGCCAGCCCUUAGUGAUGGUGGACGAUGGGACCCUCCCAGAAUUGAAGCCCCGCCCCCUGCGGGCCGGCCGGACAUUGGUCAUCCCUCCUGUCACCAUGGGCUUUUAUGUGGUCAAGAAUGUCAACGCGUUGGCCUGCCGCUACCGAUAAGCGCAUCACAGCUACCCGUGAGCCCGGUGGACGCUUUCCACACUAGUAGUACCCUUGUUUUUCAGACAUCCUCUUAGCAACAGCCCUCUGCUUCCCCCUCCCGCUGGAAUCAACACAGACUUGCUCUCCAAGGAGACUAAUGUCAUAGCAUGAGCUUAGCCUAGGCAGGUCACAUCCAUCCCAAAGGAAACGUAGACAUCACCUGUACCUAUGUAAGGAAAAGGUGUGUGGGUAGAGCUGAGUGUUUCUAUGUACGUGCACUAUGAAAACCAGCUGGCAGCACACUCGCAGGACAGAUGUCUUCAAACAACCCCCAGAUCCUGGUCAGGUAGCAAGGGAACCUCUCACCCCAAACCUUAGCCCGUGCCGCGGCCCUCAGAAGACGAGAAGGAAAAUCACCAGGCGGAUCUGUGAGAACCCAACCCUCUCCUCACCC